AAGAACCAUAAAAAAUGUACAAAAAUAUCCAAAUUUUGAAUCAUCACCUACUGAACCAGAUACAUAUACACUUCUUCUUAAUUUACCAAAUGAUGAUAAAUUUUGGCCACAUUUAAAUAUACUUUGUGUACAGCAUCGUCUUUUUGGAAUGAAAGAAAUCGUUGGCAAUCUGGUUGUAACUAAUCUACAAAAAUAUCUUGAAAAACCUAGGCAUCUUUUAACACCAAAUGAUCAAGCUGCAGCUGAUGCUGUGAAUGAAUUAUCAAAAAGAAUUCCAUACAAUUUUACUCGUGUUCGAAGAUCGGUUAUUAAUGCAUAUGAAGCUUCUCUAGCGAUACAGAACGAGAGUUUAGGAAAAACAAAAUUAGUUAAGUUUCAAAGCAAUGCAGGUCGUCAUAGAGACGAUAAUGAUAGCCAAGCAUCAAUUAUCCAUGCUGAUUCAUUGGGACAAGGAAAAAAAGGAAGUGAUGAAUCUGGUAGAAAAUCAGAUAAAGAAGAAGAUGGUUUAAGAGAAUCUGAUUCGACAUUUGAAUCACCUAGUAAUAGAAAACAUGGAAAUGAACCUUUAACAACAUUAGAAAAAAUAAAAUGA